AUGCUCGACUUGCUGGCCGAUCUCACCGAGGAGGAUGCGCCCCAAGCCAAGGCGCCCUGCUUGGAUCUCUAUGCUUUCCCCUCUGCCUCUGCGGCGCCCUUCGGCCAGAGAGCUUUCCCCGCCGCUUCUGCUGUUGUGGCUGCUGCUGGGGGACCACUCGGCUUGGAGGAUGGAGACCUCGAGGAGGGAGAGGAGGAGGAGGAGGAGGAGGAGGAUGAAGAAGAAGAUGAGGGACGCCUGAGGAGGAAGGGUACUUUCCGGGGCAGAACCAAGAGAAAGCGGAUCAUCACGCGCACACAGCGCCAGGCGGCCAAUGUCCGGGAGAGAAAGAGGAUGUUCAACCUCAAUGAAGCCUUUGACCAGCUGAGGAAGAAGGUGCCCACUUUCGCCUACGAGAAGCGCCUCUCGAGGAUUGAGACGCUGCGCUUAGCCAUAGUCUACAUUUCCUUCAUGACUGAGCUGCUGGGGAGCUGCAAGGCCAGCUAG